AUGUUCAGACGAGCUGUUUCUCUUGCUCCCAGAGCGACCAGAUGCAUCGCAUCUCCCGCCAUAUCGCGACCGGCUUUGACGCCACUCUCUCCGGUGCCUGCGCUCACCCUCCGAUCCACCAGAGGUUACCAUGAGAAAGAUAUGUCUCCCCUUCGUUACUGCAACCCACGGAACGUCGGUUCAAUGUCAAAGACGGACAUGGACGUUGGAACCGGCUUGGUCGGAGCCCCGGCCUGCGGCGAUGUGAUGAAACUACAGAUCAGAGUCGACAAGAGCAACAACACCAUCAGCGACGUCAAGUUCAAGACUUUUGGCUGUGGAAGUGCCAUCGCCAGCUCAAGUUAUCUCACCGAGCUUGUACGGGGCAUGACGCUGGAGGAAGCCGCUAAAAUCAGAAAUACCGAGAUCGCAAAGGAACUCUGUCUUCCACCAGUUAAGCUACACUGCUCUAUGCUCGCGGAGGAUGCUAUCAAGUCGGCUAUCAACAACUACUACUCCAAGAACCCAACGGCCACCGACCUCUCUGGCACCGGAGCCUCCAUCGCUGAAGUGGCCGCUCAACCCGCCGCUCAGCCCGCAACGGCUACGCCUCCCGCCGCAAAUUAA